AUGGAUAUUCUCUGUGAAGAGGAGAGUUCGCUGAACUCCACACUGUCCACAGCCGAUUUCUUACUACAGUUACACAAAGAGAGAAAACUCUACCGAAACGUGUUCCCAUCUGGAGAGAUCAACAGAUCUUCCGUGUGUAAUCUGACUUUAGACUUGGCAGAGGUGACCAAUCGCUCCUGCGAGCGGAGCCUGCCUCCACCGUACAACGUAUCUUUCCUCAGUACCCAGGAGAAAAACUGGCCUGCUCUCUUGACUGUUGUUGUGAUCGUUGUCACCAUUGCAGGAAAUAUUCUGGUCAUUAUGGCUGUAUCACUUGAGAAAAAGCUGCAGAAUGCUAUGAACUACUUCCUGAUGUCACUUGCAAUAGCUGACAUGCUCUUGGGUUUCCUUGUCAUGCCUGUAUCGAUGCUGACCAUACUCUAUGGAUAUGCAUGGCCUCUGCCCAGACACCUCUGUGCGGUGUGGAUCUAUUUAGAUGUGCUUUUCUCCACUGCCUCCAUCAUGCAUCUCUGUGCCAUCUCGCUGGACCGCUAUAUUGCCAUCCGAAACCCUAUCCAUCACAGCCGCUUUAACUCAAGAACGAAAGCUUUUGCAAAGAUCAUUGCAGUUUGGACCAUAUCUGUAGGCAUUUCAAUGCCGGUUCCCGUUUUCGGACUUCGAGAUGAUUCCAAAGUGUUCAAGAACGGAAGCUGCCUCCUUGCGGAUGAUAAUUUUGUCCUGAUAGGCUCCUUUGUGGCGUUCUUUGUUCCUCUGGCCAUCAUGGUGAUCACUUAUUUUUUAACCAUCAAAUCCCUCCAGAAAGAAGCAACGUUGUGCAUGAGGGACUUUGGCUCCAAAACCAAGUUUGCUUCCUUCAGUUUCUUCCCUCAGAGUUCUCUUUCUUCAGACAAAUUCUUCCAGCGGUCUCUCAGCAAAGAAAUCGGAACCUCCGGAAGGAGGACGAUGCAAUCCAUCAGUAAUGAGCAGAAAGCAUCCAAAGUCCUCGGGAUUGUCUUCUUUCUGUUUGUGGUGAUGUGGUGCCCGUUCUUCAUCACCAACGUGAUGGCAGUAAUCUGUAAGAAGUCAUGCAACGAAGAGGUCAUCGGCGGCCUGCUCAACAUUUUUGUCUGGAUCGGGUACCUUUCUUCAGCUGUCAAUCCGCUGGUGUACACGUUGUUCAAUAAAACCUACCGAUCUGCGUUCUCGCGUUAUAUUCAUUGUCGCUACAAAGAGGAAAAGAAACCCCUGCAACUGAUCUUAGUGAACACGAUCCCUGCUAUUGCGUACAAUACAAGCCAGCUUCAGUUAGCACAAAUGAAAUGCUUUAAAAAGAAGGAGUCGAAAAUGAUGGCCAAGGACUACUCUACAAUGAAAAUAGAAAUACAUCAUUUGGAUGGGACCUUAACGAGCAAUGCUAGCCAGGUGAAUGAAAAGGUUAGCUGCUUGUAA